AUGGACGCCAUCUUCUCUAACUUUUCAGGCGAAAGCCCAAUUCUCCAAUCCAUCGGAAGAUGGAGCUACACGGCCUACCACAAGCGCGAGCUCAUUCAGAUGUACAUCCACCUUGUCGCCGCCGCUAUCUUUCCCAUCUACAUAGGCUCCCACGCCUCUUUACGAAGACCUCCCUCAGCAGCUGCACCGAAGAAGCGAAUCAACGCGCAUGGAAAAAUAGUCGAUGAAAAUGGGGACGAGGAAGAGGAGGUCCGGAUUGAAGGCUUGACGCCAAGCGAUGCGGUGCUGUUUCCGAUUAUGGCCGGGAUCACGUUAGGUGGGCUUUACUUGAUCAUCAAGUGGUUGGAGGAUCCGAAGUUGUUGAACAAAAUCCUUAAUGUUUAUUUCUCUGGACUUGGCAUUUUUGGCGUUGGCAAGUUGGCAGUGGAUGGUCUGCACGUAGCCACGACGUUCUUUUUCCCUUCUGUGUGGUCGUCGAGUACAGAAACGUACUAUGUUGAACCUUUGCUUUCCCAGCAAGUCACAGGCCCGGUCAACAAGGCUAGAGUCCAGGUUCAUCGCAAGUUCGUCGACAAGAUGAACCCUUUCCCGGGCUGGUUGUCUCGAAUCCAGUUGCCAGCGGCUCUUAACAAGAAAGCAUGGUCUCUUCGAGCCGCUCUCAAGAAUCACUGGAUCUUCAAAGGCGUUGGCUCCAUUAAACACCAAGUCCACCUCAACGACGUCGUCGGCCUCGUAAUUGGCAUCGCCACCAUUGCAGUCUACAACCUCAAUGGCCGGGCCUGGUGGCUCACCAAUUUCAUGGGAUUCGGUUUCUGCUACGGCACCCUGCAGAUCAUGUCGCCCACCACCUUCUGGACCGGCACGCUCGUUUCCGUGGGGCUCUUCAUCUACGACAUCGUCAUGGUGUUCUAUACGCCCCUGAUGGUCACCGUUGCAACUACCCUCGAUGCCCCCAUCAAGCUCGUCUUCCCCGGCCCAAAACGUGGCAGUAUGCUGGGCCUUGGCGACAUUGUACUCCCGGGAAUCGUCAUAGCACUUGCGCUGAGAUUCGACCUGUACCUGCAUUACUUGCGCAAGCAGAGAGUGGAGACCAAGCCUACGAUUCCGCCACUGGCGCUGAGGAAACCGCAGGUUGUGCGGGAGACCUACGUCGAUGCUACUGGGAAGUGGGGCGAGCGGUUCUGGACGCGGAGCGCAAAGAAAGGCACGGUGGCUGUGGCGGACGCUGCGAGGUUCUCGAAGGUGUACUUCAAGGCUAGCCUGGUGGGGUAUGUUCUCGGCCUGCUCGUCACGCUCGUGGUAAUGAACGUAUUCAACCACGCGCAGCCUGCGUUACUCUACCUGGUUCCGGGGGUGUUGACGGCUCUCUGGGGGACGGCGCUUGUAAGGGGCGAGUUGCGGUUAAUGUGGGAGUAUUCGGAGGAUGGGGAGUGGGGUCUCGAGAAGAAAGAGGAUGGGGAGAAGACUGGCGAGGGUGAGAAGCAGGACGGUGAGGCGUCUGCGAAAGACAUCUUGGAUUUGGUGCCGAAGGCAAAGAAGGAUGAUGAGCACGAGCAUCAUGUGUUCAUGUUCUCGCUGGAGACACCGAGGGGGCUUGGCUGCCAAAAAGGCUGA